GUCAAAUGACAAGUUGUCAUGUCAAGAUUUUGACAGUUUUCAUUUUUAUUUAUCUCGUAAUUAUCAAAUAGAAAGUGAAUUGCGAGUUUAUGAAAUAAUUUUGAGAAUAAUUAAUGGUAGAAAACAACAGGAUAUACAUAAAAAAUAGUGAUCAUAUAUCGGUCAUACAGUUUUUGACCUAAGUUCAGGGGUAAUAAGAAUGUUGUAGCUAUAACAAGUUGACGGAAGAACUGGGUGAAAAUAUAGUAACAAUAACAAGGUAUGAGUGCCGGUGGGCCACAGAUAAUGAACAACUUGCCACCUGGAGUCAAUGUGGACAACAACUUGUUGCCCGGAGGUCCCAUAAUAAACCCGACAAUGAAUAGAAAUAGGAACAAUAACCAGAAUCCCUUGUUUAAUAUGAGGGAGAGGUUAUUUCAUGCAUUAUUUUUUAAAUUUGCUUUAGCCUAUGCUCGGACAUUUCCGAGGCCACUGCGGAGAUUCUUUGAGUUCCUUGUGCUUUUGAAGGCGCUGGUCGCCUUCUUCGUUCUUGCAUAUAUUCAUAUAGCAUUUUCAAGAACUCCUACAACAUGUUUGAAUCAUGUGAAGGACUCGUGGCCUAGGGACGGCAUUUUGAGAGUGGAGAUACUAAGGAACCCGGCCCAGGACUAUACAGUUGAACAGAGUUAUGCUAAGGAGAGGAAAUUGAAAAAGGAUAAAGAGGAAUUGAAUUCUAUGUUAGGGAUGCUGGCGACAGAAGGGUUCAUUAACAUUGAAUCGUCUACAAAUGACGAGGUUGACGACGAUGAUUAUAUUCGCGAUGGAACUGACUACGGUAACAUUACAAGGGUACACGAUGACACUGAGGGAUCCUCUCCUGAUAAAGUUAUUGAGACUACGUCUGUUAAACCUGAUGGAGGAGGAACGAGUGAGGAGGUGGACCUCAAUGCAACGAUAGUCUCUGGAGCAGAUAUUGUAGAACAUUCUGCCUCAUUAUGGGAAGGAAUUAUGGGCCUUGUUGAAGAUAUAGACAGAGAGUCAAAACUGGUUGAUGAAUCUCUGGAAGAGUCUGCUUCCAAUGACUCUUCUAAAGAUGAGGACUAUAUUCUCGAAUACUCCUUGGAGUACGGUUUCCUUCGCCUCUCUCCAAGCGCGCGCCUUCGCCUCAAGAUCCCCGUGAAGAUAGUCACGCUAGACCCACAGCGGGACGAGUGCUUCGGAGAUCCCUUCUCGCGGUUCGUGCUCGACGAGUUCCUGGGGUACGAUGACUUGCUCAUGGCAUCCAUCAAGACCUUGGCUGAGCAGGAAGAUAACAAGGGGUAUUUGAGGAAUGUCAUCACCGGCGAGCAUUAUCGCUUCGUGUCGAUGCUUACUGCCCGCAGUUCAUACAUUGCCGCUUUCUUCAUAAUGCUAGUGUUUACGGUGUCCAUAUCCAUGCUGCUUCGGUACGCUCACCAUCAGAUCUUCGUGUUCAUCGUGGACUUACUCCAGAUGCUUGAGUUCAACGUGACGGUGUCUUUCCCGGCGGCACCGCUACUCACUGUCAUUUUGGCGUUAGUCGGCAUGGAGGCGAUAAUGUCGGAGUUCUUCAACGACACGACGACGGCGUUCUACAUCAUCCUAAUUGUGUGGAUUGCGGACCAGUACGAUGCGAUAUGUUGCCAUACUGCUAUCGCUAAAAGACAUUGGCUCAGAUUCUUCUACUUGUACCACUUCUCGUUCUACGCGUACCACUACCGGUUCAACGGGCAGUACAGCAGUUUGGCUCUCGUCACCUCAUGGCUCUUUAUACAGCAUUCCAUGUUGUACUUCUUCCAUCACUACGAGCUACCCGUGAUACUACAGCAAGCCCAGUUACAGCAGCUCCUGCUCCGUACGCAUCGUGGUAUGGCUGGCGUUAUGGGGCUGGCGGGGAUCGCUGCUCUCGCUAGCGGUGCGGCGUAUCAUGACGCGCCCGGUACCGGUACGCAAGCUACUCCACCCACCACUCAGUCGACUACACAAACUGUCCAAAACACAGCGCAGUCUACUACGCAGACUUCGCCUUCUGUCUCCACCGCACAGACUAAUACUACGCACACUGGUGACGUGGUGACGACGAGGCCGCCCGACAGCGCGGUGGAGAACUCCAACUCGGGCGGUGACACACAGGAGAGCGCUCUAGCCGCGCGACCUGCUGACGAUGUAAGGAAUACUGAUAAGGAUAACUCCGUCACUCCCGGCGGUGACGCGGACAUGAAGAUAGAAGAAAUCGCUAGGAAAAGAGAAAUUUAUAAUAAAACCAACGUUGCUGGUGAUGGUAACUCUGUGAGCAACGAAACUGAUUAUGCAGCCUUGCCGAGUGGUACUAACGGGGCUACCACUACCGUGACGGACGUCAGCGACGAGACGUCUACUUUGGAUCGUAGACGAAAAGAGAGCGUGGUCGUGGACAGUGACGAACCGCCUCCGGAGUCGAGCGAGGUGCCGUUACUCGCUGACAGACUAGCUCCCAGAGCUUCCCCUGAGGCUGACGAUAUAGAUUAACAUUAACUUAUUUCGAGGUCAUUUCGCAAUAAUAUAUGUUAGGUCCGAUUAAAUGUAACUGCUUUUGUGAACAAGUAAAGGUGUUGCCGUAACGAUAACGAUUUAUAUUAUAAUAAUAUCUAGUAGAUGAUAUUGUCUCGAGAACUUAUUAGGGAAUUUUAUCUUCGAAUAAGGUCAAGUAAGUCACAAUUCACUACCGCCAAACAGUUUGGAAGCAUGAAAUGAAAUAAAACGAAAAUAUUUUUAGUUAAUUUUAUUUACUA